AUGUCUAAGCGUGAUGCAGUAUGCGUUGAUUAUCCAUUGAGAGGUGCUUCUGCAUGGGUGAACAGCAUCGGAAGGAAUUACGACAAUGUCGUGCCUAAGUUCUCCAGUUCUGGCCAGGUUUGCGGCUUCCGCUGCGAUUUAGCGGGAGGCGUCAAGUUGGAGAUGUCUAUUGGCCAUGAUACACAGUACGGCUUCCAUGUGGAUGCCCAGAAAGGCAAUCAAUACCGCAGAUUUUAUAAGCAAGCAAUUGGACAACCCCAAGGUGUCCCGGCUGGAGGGGGAAAUGUUGCAGUCACAGAUUGGAGAACCGCUAUGAGCGACCUGAACGAUCAUUAUAUGAGUGGAGGUCAGAAUUAUAUGGUGAACAGAUUCAUCUCUGGAACAGUCAUCAGUAUUAAUUCUUGA